AUGGUUGUUUCGUACUCUCCGCACCGCGAUGCGGGCGGUACUCUUCACUUUCCGUCACCUACGCACAUUCACCACGUCGAUACUUCGUCUGCGCUUCGAAAGCUCCGCCGAUCGCUUUCCCGAUCUCCUUCCAAAGGUCCUACCUUCCGACUCGUCUCGGCCAAAUCGCCAAGCCCGUCUCCAAAAUCUCACCUUUCCUCAUCGCCUCUCUCACCAACACCGCGAUCUGCUGUUGUCAAUCUCAGCGCGCCUUCCUUCAACUGCUCGUCCCCUCUUGCUGUUCCCUUCCCGCCUAGUGCGAGGAUACAUCGACCGGGAGCUCGACGGGCAACCCCAAUGCGGCCGUCUUCGAUGAGGACGUCUCCUCGAAGCCCAAUGAAGCGCGCUCUGAGCGACUCGACUGAUCACGGCAAUGCAGCGCCGACUCCAUCAGCAAGCUUCGCCCUGGGUGGGGAGAAUCGACAGAUGCGAAGUAUUAGCUCUCCAGACAACCUCGAAGGCAAAGAAUAUUCGCUCGACGAGGAAGAUCAAGAUGAUGUCAUCGUGGAAGAUGACAGUGCUCCCGAGGACGAAUCCAUGAAGCUUGAGAAGACCAGCAUCAACCACUUAAAUCUGUUUUCAACCAUUGCAAGCCCUUUGAAAAGAGGCGAUGGAAUCAUGGACAUGGACCGACCGAAUCUGGGUAGCCCAGUUGCAAAGCGACGCAGCGUGCACGGCGCUAGUUUUAUUUCCGACUUCAACGUCUUUGAACCCUCAUCACCAUCGACCGAGCUACGUGAUGAGGCGGCCCCUGGUAUAGAGAUGGGCCAGCCGACCAGCCCUGCACCAGGAGCAGCAUCGCCCUUCUUCUCUUCUUUGCCCAAGAGAUCAACGUCUUUGCGCAAAUCCACACUCCAGCAGCGUCACUUUGAGAAGCCCCUUUUUGCUCGGUCACGUCCCAACCCGGAUUUGGCGCUUGACUUCCCUUCGGUGCCGCAUUCUGGACCCAGAAAUCGUCUCCCCGUCAUGGCGGAUUCGUCUUUUCCACCAAUGUCUCGCGACAGUCCAUUCUAUCCGCACGGAAAUCUCCCAAGCGCCUCAGUACACGCAAUGCCACAGACAAACUCAAGCCGAUUCAUCGACCAGCCAAGUCAUCAGCCACAUCCUCUCUCAAAGGAGAUGACAGCCUCUUCAGCAAGUCCAAGCCUCGAAGAGGACUCACCGACUCACGUUCCAGUCUCCAACCAUGAUCGAGCGAAGAAGCUCGAUUUCUCAAGAUCACUGCCGGUUGGAAUUCCGCGCCCUUUCCCUAGGGAGCCAGCGCAAAAUGAAUAUUCACAAGCUCCUUCAGAUACUUCUUUUGCAACCCCACAAAAUUACAAACUCGUGAAACCUCUGCCAGCGGCGUUCAUGUCCACAGGUUUAAUCUCAAAGAGAAAUCGGAAUCUGGAUGACCAGCAAGCAGGCGGAAACGCAGGAAAGGCACAAAUGCCAGACACACCAUGCAAAAGACCGAUUAACUUCUUCGCCGCUGCUCCCGUUCCGAUGCCAGGAAGUGCCUUGGGAAAGUCUCGCCAAUCCCGUCCUGAAUUUGGUACCCCAUCUACUCCAUUCAAUUUGCAUGCGUCAAGGCAGUCGGGCAGCCGAUACGGUGCUGGGGUGAGCAUCUUUGGCAGUAACCUUUCCAAAGGACCCCUCGCAAGACGAGACAGUUUUGCCAGCAUAGACGGUGAAGAAUUCUCGCAGUCACCCGCAGGCAAGGAUGGCCAGUCCAACGGCGAUUACGAUCUUCCUCCUACGCCGACGAAGCAAGUAUCUUUCGGUGGAUCGAUUAUUCUCAGUCCGAAGCAGUCCAGAUUUACUAAGACAAUUUCUCUUUCUCCAGCGAGUCCACUCAGCGGUCGACACAUGCAGGCGCGUCCUUCGCCCUGUACGCCUCACGAGAACGUUUUGCCCCCCGACCCGAGCAGCCUGUCCAUCUCCGCGCGAAACGACGCGCAGAAGAGAAUUCUACACGCUGGAAGCAGUAGUGUUGAUUCAAUCUUCACCCCAGCGACGCCGACGGCUCCGAAAGAACAGUUUCCGAAUUUCCGAAACCGACGAUCUAGCAUUACACCGAUUAAUGGAUUUGCCGGCAAUGAUGUCGACCCUAGCUUGACAUCCAGAUUUACGGAUGUUGAACUCAUCGGCACCGGAGAGUUUUCCCAAGUUUACCGCGUGACGCAACCUCCGCCUGCGACCGGAUCGCCUUCUUACUUUUCAUUGCCAACGACGACUAGUUCAGCUGCUCAAACUCCAUUGCCAUCUCAAGUGUGGGCCGUGAAGAAAGCCCGGCAGCCAUACGCUGGCCCCAAGGACCGCCAGCGGAAGCUUAAAGAAGUCAAUGUGCUGAGAGCCUUGGGUAAAGGUGAUCAUAUCGUGCAGCUGAUUGAUAGCUGGGAGGAGAAGAAUCAUCUUUAUAUCCAAACAGAAUUCUGUGAGGAGGGCAGCCUUGAUCUUUUUCUCUCUCAAGUGGGCAGAAAAGCGAGGCUGGACGAUUUCAGGAUUUGGAAGAUUCUCCUCGAGCUCAGUUUAGGAUUAAAGCACGUUCACGACUCCGGAUUCAUCCACCUCGACUUGAAGCCGGCGAAUGUUCUCAUCACAUUUGAGGGUGUGCUCAAGAUUGGAGAUUUUGGCAUGGCCACUGCUUGGCCGGCCGCUCCUGGCAUUGAAGGAGAGGGCGAUAGAGAAUAUAUCGGUCCCGAGAUUCUCAUGGGUCAAUACGACAAGCCAGCCGAUGUAUUCGCUCUUGGGCUGAUCAUGUUGGAGAUUGCUGGCAACGUUGAGCUUCCUGACAAUGGCAUCUCCUGGCAAAAAUUGAGAUCUGGGGAUAUGAGUGACGUUCCUAGCUUGACUUGGAGCUCAGGUAGCCAAAUUUUUCGUGAUUCAUCUGGAAAUCCCUUGUCGAGCGAGGAGUCGUUUGAGGACUUUUACGUUUCCGACUCUGGAGAAGACGAUGACCCACCGGCGUUUCUUCGUCACGGGAAGUUGUCUUCAUCUUCAUCAUCAUCCAAGAAGACUAAAUCUUCCUUGGGCCCUCCUCGGAGCGAGUUGCUUCAACCUCCUAUGUUCAUGGUUGAUCCGAACAACGAAGGUGCACUUGACCGCGUGGUGCGGUGGAUGAUUUCGCCGCAACCCGGCGACCGCCCUGUGGUUGAUCAGAUUCUCUCUACAGUCGGCGUACAGUGGACCGAAGCACGACGAAGAGCAGGAGCCACUGUCUUUGAAGGAAACUGGGGACCCGCGGAUGAUGUUCUUACCGACGACGCCGAAAUGAUUGAUGUUUAA